UUGUUUCUUACAUUCUCUUUCAUUUUUCCAUUCCCCAUCUCUUCUUUCUCCAAUAUUUCUCCCAUAUAUUUGUUUCUCCAUCUUUGCUAAAAAAGUAACAACUAAAAACUAAACACGAAAAGGUUACCAGGCGAAAAGGCCCUUGACUAUGAAAAAUGUUGUACUAAGGAAAAUAGUAUUGUAGCAAUCAAUUAAUGUCUCUAUUGAGUCCACUUUUUGUGAACUGCGCAGGAAUAUUGCACACAGUCAUAUAUGUGUUUGGCUUUCCCUAUGCAACUGCAUUAAUAAUAUACAAAUGGAGAAGGAGGCACUUGUCAGGGCAUCACAAUAUAGAAGACUUUUUGCAGAACAAUAAGCUCGUGCCAGUAAGGUACUCUUACUCAAACAUAAAAAAGAUGGCCAAAGGUUUCAAGGAAAAAUUGGGUGAAGGAGGCUAUGGCUCUGUAUACAAGGCAAAGCUUCGUAGCGGUCGCCUUGUAGCCAUCAAGAUGUUGGGUAAGUCCAAAGCUAAUGGGCAAGACUUCAUCAAUGAAGUUGCUACCAUUGGAAGGAUUCACCAUGUUAACGUGGUGCGACUAAUUGGCUUCUGUGUUGAGGGUUCAAAGCGUGCUCUCGUAUAUGACUUCAUGCCUAAUGGAUCUCUUGAUAAAUACUUAUUUUCUCAACAAGGAGGUAUCUCUUUGAAUUGUGAGAAAAUGUUUGAAAUCGCACUUGGAGUGGCUCGUGGUAUUGAAUAUCUGCACAGAGGAUGUGAAAUGCAAAUUCUGCACUUUGACAUCAAACCUCAUAACAUUCUUCUUGACGAGAAUUUUCUUCCCAAGGUGUCUGAUUUUGGAUUAGCAAGGCUAUGCCCGCUCGAUAAUAGCAUUGUAUCUUUGACGGCAGCAAGAGGAACUAUCGGAUACAUAGCACCAGAGUUAUUCUAUAAAAACAUUGGAGGUAUUUCAUACAAAGCUGAUGUCUAUAGUUUUGGAAUGUUGUUGAUGGAAAUGGCUGGCAAAAGAAAGAAUUUAAAUGCAACCAUAGAGAAGUCAAGCCAAAUAUACUUUCCAACAUGGGUUUUUGACCAAUUGAAUGAUGGAAAGGACAUAAAAAUUGAAGACGCCACAGAGGAGGAAGAGAAAAUCAUAAAGAAGAUGAUCAUUGUGGCAUUGUGGUGCAUACAAAUGAAGCCUAGUGACCGUCCUCCUAUGAAUAAAGCAGUUGAGAUGCUUGAAGGAGAAAUUGAGAGCCUUGACAUGCCUCCAAAGCCUUUUUUGUAUCCACAACAAAUGCCAGAAGUGGUUCCUGGGGACAAUUCAAGUACCACAAGUGCAUCAACAGUUACAAAUUCUACAGAAAUCGUUUUGAUUGCUGAUGCAAAUCAAACAAUGUAAUAUAUAGCAAUCUUGAUGUGCAAGGGAGAUUACGUACUGAAUAAGCACAAUUAGACUUCUGUUUGCUGCCUUUGUUUACUACAUUUGGAAGGAA